AUGGCACAGCAAUACCAACUACCAUUCAAGCUCAAUGACCCAACCUUGUUGCAUUUCGACUCGUUUGUCGGUAACCAAUGGGUGACUGCAAAGAGUGGGAAGCGAUUCGAAGUACUUGACCCCGGCACUGACCAGGCAUGGGCAAGCUGCCCUAACAACAGCGCCGAAGAUGUAGACGCCGCAGUUCAAAACUCCCACGCUGCCUUCGAAGAGUUUCGCAAAGUGAGCCCGCGUCAGCGUGCCAAGUGGUUGCUCAAGUGGCACGACUUGACCACCCAGGCGAGGGACGACCUCGCCCAAAUCGUCACCCACGAGACCGGAAAGCCUCUGGCAGAAUCAUACGGCGAGCUAGACUACUCUCUCGGUUUCUUGUGGUGGUUCGCAGGCGAAGCGGAGCGUAUCCAGGGUACCGUGUCGGUCCCUGCGGCUCCCAACCGCCGUCUAUUCACUAUCAAGCAGCCGAUCGGUGUGGCCGCCGCGCUGGUGCCCUGGAACUUCCCCGUUGCUAUGGUGCUACGCAAGGUCGGUGCUGCGAUGGCAGCUGGCUGUACUAUGGUGGUUAAGCCUAGCCCGGAGACCCCGAUCUCGGCGUUGGUCCUGGCAGAGUUGGCCCAGCGCGCCGGUAUCCCGGCGGGUGUCCUGAACGUGUUGACCACGGAUUUGGAGAAUACUCCGCCCCUUAGCGAGGCUCUAUGCAAGCACCCGCUCGUCAAGAAGGUGACCUUCACCGGCUCGACGCGGGUGGGCAAGUUGGUCGCUGGCCACUGUGCGCAGGGCUUGAAGAAGCUCACUCUCGAGCUAGGUGGCAAUUGCCCCUUCAUUGUCUUUGACGAUGCAAACCUCGACCAGGCUCUGGACCAGCUUAUGGCUCUUAAGUGGCGCCAUGCCGGUCAGGCUUGUAUUACGGCUAACCGUAUCUACGUCCAAGCCGGUAUCUACGAUCGCUUCGCCUCGCUGCUAAAGGAGCGUACCAGCGCUCUGGUCGUUGGCCAUGGUGCUUCGGCUGAUACUACUAUGGGUCCAUUGACGACCCCUCGUAGCAUUGACAAGGCCAUUGCCCAAGUGGAAGAUGCUCGUAAGCACGGCGCGCAGGUGCUCAUGGGCGGUAAGCCUUUGGCCUCGCAGAAGGGGUACUUCUUCGAACCAACUAUCUUGUCUGGUAUGACGGAGGAGAUGCAAAUCUCCCACGAGGAGUCAUUCGCGCCUAUUGCUGCGCUGUAUAGAUUCGAGAGUGAAGACGAGGCUGUGAAGUUGGCCAAUGCAACCAGCAUGGGUUUGGCCAGUUACGCAUUCACCAAGAACAUUGACCGCAUGUGGCGUCUGUUGGAGAAUCUGGAGGCCGGCAUGAUCGGAAUGAACACAGGUAACCAAUCCGCCGCCGAGUCGCCCUUCGGCGGAAUUAAGGAGUCUGGAUAUGGAAAGGAGAGUGGAAAGGAUGUCGCUGUGAACGAGUAUUUGGUGACUAAAACGGGAACCUUAACUAUUGAAGGCCAGUAUUAA